ACUAAUUUUUCUUAAUCCUUUUUUCAGAAUCUUUACGCGAUUUUGAGAGUCAUAUUUUUCUUUUUUAAAAUGGGUUAGUCAUUUACGAAGGAAUAUCUUGAAAGUCACUGGAAGAAAAUGUCACACACGGAUUUUCCUGCUCCGUUUGAAGAUAAAUCUGCGAUGUAAAUCAUCGAAUGAUGGGGAACUACAAAUCCCGACCUACUUCCACGUGCGCUGAAAAGCUCAAGAAUAAGAUUUCUGAGAGUUAUGCGGUCGUCAGGUCCAAACUUAAAGAGGAGUCUCAAGAAAGUAACUUCUGGGUUUCUCUCGUCGAGGCUUGCUCGAAAGCUGACGAAGAUGUCCAAGGAAUACUGGGCGAAACAAACAAGCGGCUUUUCUCUGCUGUUCACAUAGCAAGCUAUAAAGGGGAUACUGGAGUUUUGGACAAACUUAUAAAGAACAGUGCCGACGUGCACCAGAAGGGCUAUCUGGGAACUUCUCCACUCCACAUAGCUGCAAUGUGCGGCCAUGCCGACAUUGUGUCUGCCUUAGUCGCCGCUGGAUCGGACGUGGAAGGCAGGGAUGAUAUUCAGUUCACUGCUCUUCACUUGGCUUGCUACUUCGGCCACGAACAGGUUGUCGAGUGUUUAUUGCGGUUGAACGUAGACGUUAACGCUUGUGGAGCAGUGAAUGACACCCCGUUGCAUUUGGCAUGCGGAAAGGGAUUCUUGCGGAUAAUUCAAUACCUUGUGGAGAAGUUUGCCGACGUGAACGUGAAGGACAACGAGGAGCACCGACCGAUUCAUUUCGCGUGCAGAGGUGGUCAUGUGCUUGCUUUGAACUACCUUCUGCAGCCUCAGUUUGAAGUUGAUGCAUGCUGUUCUAACAUAUAUGGUGACACUCCGUUGCACAUGGCAUCAUAUUGCGGAAAAUAUGAAGUGGCGAAAACGUUGCUCUCGGUGCCUGGACUUGCGGCAGUGUGUUUGCGAAAAGAAAACUUAUGGAGUGAAACACCAUUGCAUGCCGCUGCCACUUUUGGAAAAUCCGUGGAAUGUAUCGCAUUAUAUUUGGACCAACCAGUUGAAAUUUCGCCGAACAUUAAUUACCAAGGCUGUGAUGGACACACGGCUUUGCAUUCUGCUUGUUGGCAUGGGCACAUUGGUGUUGUUCAACUUCUGUUGGAUCGGGGAGCCGAUAUGAACCUGGUGGCGUGUUCUGAUCCUUCAGGAAACCGAAAGGAAGAACAAACAUGCUUGAUGUGGGCAUAUGAAAGAGGCCAUGAUGCGAUAGUUACUUUGCUGAAGCAUCACAAAACAAGACCACAAGACGAGUCUGCCAGAGGGGAUUAUACCCAACAAGAUGGAUCUUAUGUCUCCGUGCCUUCGCCUCUUGGUAAAAUUCGGUCGAUCACGAAGGAAAAGAUCGAUGUUUUGAAGCUGAGAAGUUCAUUGCCGUCUCAUUUCCAUUUGCAAUUGAGUGACAUGGAAUGCCUCGAAAGUAUCGGUUCGGGAAGCUUUGGCAAAGUCGUGAAGGGAAAAUACAAAGGACGUACAGUUGCGAUCAAACGUUACAAGGCCUCAUCAUUCUGUGCCAAAUCUGACGUGGACAUGUUCUGUCGAGAGGUGUCAAUUUUGGGAGCCUUGAACUCCCCGUACGUUAUAAAAUUUGUUGGAGCCUGUUUGGAUGACCCCAGCCAAUUUGCUAUCGUGACGGAGUACGUUUCUGGCGGUUCGUUGUUUGGUGUUCUUCAUGAGCAAAAGAGAGCUCUGGAUAUUAUGACGAAGUUGGACGUAGCUCUUGAUGUGGCGAGAGGAAUGAAUUAUUUGCAUAAUCUUCCGCAACCCAUUAUUCAUCGUGAUCUGAAUUCUCAUAAUAUUUUGUUACAUGAAAACGGCAGAGCCGUUGUUGCGGAUUUUGGUGAAAGUCGGUUUCUUAGGACGCUUUGGGAAGAUAACAUGACAAAGCAACCGGGGAAUCUCCGAUGGAUGGCUCCAGAAGUAUUUUCCCAAUGUACCAAGUAUAGUGUGAAAGCAGACAUGUUUAGUUAUGCCCUUUGUCUCUGGGAACUUUUGAGUGGGGAAUUGCCUUUCGCGCACUUGAAACCAGCAGCAGCUGCUGCUGAUAUGGCGUAUCGGAAUAAUCGGCCUCCUCUGGCUGUUACGUAUCCGGAAGAAAUAACCAGCUUGCUUCAGGAAGCUUGGCAUCGAAAUCCUGAGGAAAGGCCUAUUUUUAUUGAAGUAAUCAAGAGGCUAGAAGCAGCGAAACUCAGUCCCCGGGUGCAGAAUCUGACAAUUCCCGCAUCCGAUGGGAAAGUUGUCCUUGGCUCGGGUGCCACAGUUUCAGACAUCAUAACAUGCUUCUCUCAUCCGCACGUUUUUGGGCUGUCCACUACGUUCAACUCCGUCUUGAGCGGAGAACAGUGUGUAUCUUCGAGUUCACCUCCGAUGACGGGACACGUUAUGGCUUUGAGAACUCAUUGGGAACAAGAAGCAUUCAAAUUGAAUGCUAACGGCAACGCGAGUCGCUCUUCGCUGGAGGAACUCCGGCAUCAUUUAGACAAGAAUGGAUAUGUUUCCGAUGCCAUUAGCAUUUACCAGUCGAUUCUGGAGCAUCACUCUUCACCUCACGCAAGUCCUACGAAUGGUGCAGUUGAAUCGUCCACGGAAGCAGAUUGACUAUUCGCUACGAUUCAGGAUUCAUUUUAGUCCGCGGAGAGAAAAAAUUGCAGUCGUUGAUUAAUCGGCUGUACUGGUGAAUGCUCGCUAUUUUUUCUGAGAAUGUUAUUGCCAUGGACCGUGCUUCCCGAAAACUGUGUUCGGUGCGAACUGAUCAAAAAAGUUCUUGUAACGUGAAAAUAUUUUUGAAUGAGCUUUUUGCAACAUGAAAAAAACACCCCUGACGAAACGCGUCGAUCGCCCUACGAAGGAAAGUUCGGUUUUGUGUAACCUUGUCUUACCAGUUCCGUUGGUGCUCGUAGUGUAAUGUCGAUGACUUUCUGUUCCAGAGUUCAAAAAAUUAUUGUUCUG